AAAUUUGAAGAAGAAAAGUAAAAGGGAGAAAGAGAGGGAGAGAGAAGCAAGAUCGGCGACGGCCAUCGAAGUCUCCAGAAGACUUGGGUGGGGAUAUAAGUCUUCUCCUCCCUCUCUUCCUCACUCGCCCUAGCCGUGGUUGAGAAGCUCUUCUCCGUCGUUUCGUGCGAUUCUCUCUGUUCUCUAUUUCGUUCAAUUUCUUUCUCUGCGUCCGUUUUUUGUUCUGUUCUUUCUUGGUAGUUCGGAUCAAUGGAGGACGUUAGAAUGGAGGGUGGAGAGGUGGAGACCUUCGCUUUUCAGGCGGAGAUCAACCAGCUUCUCAGCCUUAUCAUCAACACCUUUUACAGCAACAAGGAAAUCUUCCUUCGGGAACUUAUCAGCAAUUCCUCCGAUGCGUUGGACAAGAUUAGAUUUGAAGGCUUAACGGAUAAGAGCAAGCUGGAUGCACAGCCUGAGCUCUUUAUCCGCCUUGUACCUGACAAGGUUAACAAGACUUUGAGCAUAAUUGAUAGUGGCAUUGGGAUGACAAAAGCUGACCUGGUUAACAACUUGGGUACCAUUGCGCGAUCCGGUACGAAAGAAUUCAUGGAGGCACUUCAAGCUGGUGCUGAUGUGAGCAUGAUUGGCCAGUUUGGCGUGGGGUUCUAUUCUGCAUACUUGGUUGCCGAGAAGGUGAUUGUUACCACCAAGCACAAUGACGAUGAGCAGUAUGUUUGGGAAUCUCAGGCUGGUGGUUCCUUCACUGUGACCAGGGAUGUCUCAGGAGAGAACCUGGGUAGGGGUACCAAGAUCAUCCUACAUUUGAAGGAGGAUCAGCUGGAAUACCUGGAAGAGAGGAGGCUUAAGGACCUUAUUAAGAAGCACUCGGAGUUCAUCAGCUACCCCAUCUACCUGUGGAGUGAGAAGACCACGGAGAAGGAGGUCAGUGAUGAUGAGGACGAAGACAAGAAAGAGGUGGAGGGAGAAGUUGAAGAAGUUGAUGAAGAGAAGGAGACAAAGAAGAAGAAGAAGGUGAAGGAGGUCUCCCAUGAGUGGGCACUGACAAACAAGCAAAAGCCCAUAUGGAUGAGGAAGGCAGAAGAGAUCACCAAGGAAGAAUACGCUUCCUUCUACAAGAGCUUGACCAACGACUGGGAGGAUCACCUUGCAGUCAAGCAUUUCUCUGUUGAAGGACAGCUUGAAUUCAAGGCUAUCCUCUUUGUCCCGAAGCGUGCUCCUUUUGAUCUAUUUGACACCAGGAAGAAGAUGAACAACAUCAAGCUCUAUGUCCGGCGUGUGUUCAUCAUGGACAACUGUGAGGAGCUCAUUCCGGAAUUCCUUGGAUUUGUGAAGGGUGUCGUUGACUCCGAUGACCUUCCACUGAACAUCUCCCGUGAGAUGCUUCAACAGAACAAAAUCCUGAAGGUUAUCAGGAAGAACCUUGUUAAGAAGUGCAUCGAGCUCUUCACAGAGAUUGCAGAGAACAAGGAGGAUUACAACAAGUUUUAUGAAGCCUUCUCGAAGAAUCUCAAGUUGGGUAUCCACGAAGAUAGCCAGAACAGAGCCAAGUUGGCGGAGUUGCUGAGGUACCACUCAACAAAGAGUGGUGACGAGAUGACAAGCUUGAAGGAUUACGUGACAAGGAUGAAGGAGGGGCAGAAGGACAUCUAUUACAUCACUGGUGAAAGCAAGAAGGCGGUGGAGAACUCUCCAUUCUUGGAGAGAUUGAAGAGGAAAGGUUACGAAGUCCUCUUCAUGGUGGACGCGAUUGAUGAGUAUGCAAUUGGACAGCUGAAGGAAUACGAUGGAAAGAAGUUAGUCUCAGCUACUAAGGAGGGACUGAAGUUGGAGGAAACAGAGGAAGAGAAAAAACGUAAGGAAGAAAAGAAGGCAGCUUUCGAAGGGCUGUGCAAGGUGAUGAAGGACAUCUUGGGAGACAAAGUGGAGAAGGUGGUUGUGUCUGAUAGAAUUGUGGAUUCCCCUUGCUGUCUGGUGACAGGGGAAUAUGGUUGGACGGCCAACAUGGAAAGGAUCAUGAAGGCUCAGGCCUUGAGGGACAGCAGCAUGUCCUCAUACAUGUCGAGCAAAAAAACUAUGGAGAUCAACCCGGAGAACGCGAUCAUGGAGGAACUGAGAAAGCGGGCAGAGGCCGACAAGAACGACAAGUCGGUGAAGGACCUGGUCCUGCUGCUGUUCGAAACGGCAUUGCUGACCUCUGGGUUCAGCUUGGAUGAACCUAAUACCUUUGCAGGGAGGAUCCACAGAAUGUUGAAGUUGGGUUUGAGCAUUGACGAGGACGAGGCUGGUGCUGCAGAUGACGCCGAUAUGCCCCCACUGGAGGAUGAUGCCAACGGCGAGAGCAAGAUGGAGGAGGUCGAUUAAACGUAGCAUGCUGCUGCCGCUGCUUGGGGAGGGGGAGCUACGGCAAUUUCUCUUUUUUCCCCGUUUCUGAGCUCGGUGUUUGAGAAAUGUUCUCUUGUUGAUUAAAAGUGAAACUCCAAAAUUUGUUAGCGCCACUUUACGUAACUUUUAAAUCGUUUCUGGCGAUUGCUUGAUGGUUGCUUGGUCAGUAACAAAAAUAGUUGGUCAAGUCGUGGUCAUAUUGUAGUUCCAAACCAUAGAUAUAUUCAUGGUGUGAUCCCAUGUUUUGGUGUUACUCGUUCUAUGUAAGCAGGUCAGUGGUGCAGACUGCAGUGUUUUCUUCUACGAGGCUUGGGUUUAUGGCCGUUCGAUGCUUAGUCUGGUUGGCUGGGGCUGGCCCUCUAAUAAUUUGAGAGCUGUUGGCUUUACGGGAAAAGCCCCUCGUAAUUGUAUUAGGGCUUUACGGGAAAAGCCCCUCGUAAUUGUAUUAGGUUCCUCUUAUCGUUUUGACAGAUGGCAGUUCAAAGUACUGAAUGAAAUUGUCGGGUGGUGCAAACAUUUUAUA